GAUGGAAAAAGAGUCAAACCCAGAAAAAUCUAUCCCUCUUAAUGGGAAACUGAGGCCCAGGCUGGGAUCAGAGCCUCACGGUAGGGGAGUUGCAUGGAGCGCUCAUAGCUUUGUUAUUCACAGUAAUCAAGGCGGACGGUUCCUAAGUGCCAUCUGAAAAAUGAAUGGUUGAUCGCGGAGUGCUGUUGCAGGUCGGGAUUCCUGCAUUUGAAAUGCAAAGAGGCGGGAGACUCAGAAGUUUGUAGCCAACCUCAGCCACCCGGCAAGUUUGAGGAGUGAUCUUCCAAGUAGGGAAGCGGCUAUGAGACAUCACCUCUUGACUUUAAGUGGGGAGUGGCGACAAACUUGGACUUAAUACUUGGGGUGAAAAAACACUGUUUCCUUUACUGCCCCGACACAGGCUGGGCCAUGGGGCCUAAGGACUCUGACUUGGAAGGUUGGGCCUUCCCCUUCCCGGGAGUGACAUUGAUAAAGGACUUUGUGACCCCAGAGGAAGAGGCUGAGAUGGUGCGUCUGAUGGACAGUGACCCUUGGAAGCUCUCUCAGUCCGGGCGAAGGAAACAGGACUAUGGCCCGAAAGUCAAUUUUCGGAAGCAGAAGCUGAAGAUGGCGGGCUUCCAGGGUCUCCCCAGCUUCAGCCAGAAGGUGGUUCGGAGAAUGGGUCUCUACCCAGGGCUGGAGGACUUCCGGCCUGUGGAACAGUGUAAUCUGGACUACAGCCCAGAGCGGGGCUCGGCCAUCGACCCCCACCUGGAUGACGCCUGGCUGUGGGGCGAGCGGCUGGUGAGCCUCAGCCUCCUGUCGGCCACUGUGGUGUCCAUGUCCCGGGAGGCCCCUGGCAGCCUGCUGCUCAGCUCGGCCCCCGCCCUCGGACCGGAUGCUUUGAAGGGCAGCAUUGUGGCCCCUAGCAGGUCUGUCCCCUGCCAGGAGGUGGAAGUAGCCAUCUCGGUACCCUGCCGCUCCCUGCUGGUGCUCACAGGAGCCGCGCGGCACCAGUGGACACACGCCAUCCACCGCAGACACAUCCAGGCCCGUCGGGUCUGCGCCACCUUCAGAGAGCUGUCCAGUGAGUUCCUGCCUGGAGGGAAGCAGCAGGAACUGGGACAGGAGCUGCUGCAGGCCGCUCUCUCCUUCCAGGGAAGGCCUGUGUGAGCACAUCCUGGCACAAGAGCUGGCACUGGCCUGGCCGGAAACAUGGCUCCAGCACGACCAUCGGGGAGCGAGCCCUGAGGUCUCUCCACAACUCAUUCUGCCCUGGAUGUCACUCUGUAGACCAGGCUUAGCCUCAAACUCAGAGAUCCGCCUGCCUCUGCCUCCCGAGUGCUGGGAUUAAAGGCUUGGGCUACCACUCCCUGGCCUAGACCGGCCUUGAGUUCCCUAUAUAGCCAAGGAUUAUUUUGAACUCCUGAUCCUCCUGCCUCUACCUCCUGAAUGCUGGGAUUUGGC